AGAAACUCCCGAGUCAUUGGAUCCAUGGCCGCAGGGCUGGCAGCAAGAGGGGACAGUGCAUUGUCCCCAGAUACCCUGAUUAAUCCUCGGCGUCGCCCCUCUGACACGGAUGACUCGAUCCCUGCAAAACGCCCAAGAAGGGUGUCGAAUUCCCCAGUCAAACCCUCCAAUGGACCGCGUCAGAAGAUCACGCGCGCCUGCGAUCACUGCAAAGAGAAGAAGACGCGCUGUACGGGAACGCUUCCAUGUGUCAGGUGCAUGCGACUGGAUCUGCCCUGCCAAUAUAACGCCGCUUACUCCCGGGGGUUGCCACCAGAGCCUCUCCCCGCACCGCCGUCAAUAGCGGACGGCCACGCAUACAGUCCCGGUGCCAAGAGAGGCCCCCAAACAGACGGAGGCCUGGGACACCGACGCUCAUCAUCCGCGCGACGGUCUCCUAGAGUACCUGUCGUUUCGCCUCAGCAACCUCAAGCUCGAAAUGAGGUCUCUCAGCGCAAUUCCCCUGACCCAGCGGUGACCGACUUCGAAGGCAAUUAUCUAGGACCGGCCUCGGGAGUCUCCUUUCUCAACCGAGUAUGGCGUCGCCUACAUCAGGAUGAAGUACAUGCCAUUCCAGAUGGCCUGGAGAAUGAGUCCUCCCCCAGGAACACCUCGGUGUUCAUGUUUGGUGACAAGCCAUACUCAGACUACCGCGAGGUUACUUUCUCACUUCCCCCGUUUGAUAAAGCGCAAGAGCUGGUGAGCAUCUACUUUGACUUUUCGAUGGUGACAUAUCGAUUUCUUCAUCGGGGAAUUGUAGAAGAGUGGCUCUGCCAGGUGUACCUAAACAACGUCUCCUCUGCAAACCCUCCAACGGGUCCCAUGGUAGUGCGGACGGCCAUCAUCCUCAUGAUUUUUGCUGUUGGCACGCUCUAUGAGGAGCAAAAACCGGACCGUUCGGUUGAUGGGUGGUGUAGAAGCGAGCAGUGGUAUGCAGCCUCCAAAUACAUGACCUCCCUGGAAUCGGGGCCCCCACGACUAGAGACCGUGCAGGCUAGGCUAGGUCAGUGCCUUUACUUGCUGUCUACUUCUAGAGCAAAUGAAUGCUGGUAUUCAUUUGGCACUGCUCUUCAGCUCGUAACGGCCCUGGGCCUGCAUCGAAAGUUCCCAGGUAGGCUACCCAAGUGUGGAAAUACCUAUCUGGAUCGAGAGCUCCGCAAGCGUCUUCUCUGGAGCGCAUAUAUGUUGGACAGGUAUCUCAGCGUAAUGUUCGGGAGGCCGCGUUUAUUACACGAUGAAGACAUCGAUCAAGACCUCCCGGAUGAAAUCAAUGAUGAAGACAUGCUGCAGGAGGACCCGGAAAGACGCACUGGGUCCGCCGAUUGCAUGAUGAUUGCGUCCAUCCUACAUUUCAAACUUGGUCGCAUUCUGGGCGAUAUCUCUCGACAGCUCUACACGGUGAAUCCAUCGUCUCGGAGUCCACCACUUGAGACGGCUGCCCGGCUCACGUCCCGAUUAGAGGAAUGGAAAGCGACAGCCCCGCCACUUUUCAACGGAGUGCGCGCAACCAGCCUCAUCCCCCCUCUUUGUAGGCAGAGCCAGGUGUUACAACUGGCUUACUCGCACGCGGUCAUCCAUGCGACCAGAUCGUUUCUGCUGAACGACAUGUCAGAUCUGAGACGUAGGCCGUCAACCCCGCAUCCCGUAGCGUCCAAUCUCGUACACAAAUGUGUGGAAGCCGCUCAAGAGGUCAUGGAACUGGUAGACGGCCUGGCCAAACAGAGCAUUUUGAUCCAUUCGUUCUGGUUCACGCACUACGUGUGUUUCUGCGCAAUCACAGUGGUUUAUAUCUAUAUCAUCCAACAACACCGCGAAACCAACCCAAGGACUUCAUCUCCAGGCACCGGAGACGUCUCUCUGAGCUCUCUCUUCAGAUUGGCGGAGACGUGCCAACAACACUUGGCAGAGGCUACGCGUAAGAACUGCCCGAGCCGCCGCUACAGCAUUAUCCUAGAAGAGUUACGAAAGGAAGUUCACCAACAGAUUGGGCCGGACGCCGACUGCUUGGUUGAUUCGUCUGAGCAACAGCGGCUCAAACCUGCCACACGUCGGGAUGAACUACCAAUGGAAGCGCAGCAGAUCGGUCUCAACAACAUCUAUUCCCCUAUUUCACUGAAUAGUCCUGUGGCUUAUUCGGGUAGUCUGCAACCGGCGGCUGAUCUCGCAGCACAGUCGUUUGAACCUGACAGUGAUAUCGGAUUCAUUGAGAACUUGGAGGGAUCAGUGUGGUGGACACAGUUGGACUCUUGGGCAUUUACCAAUCUUCCCAGUGAUCCUUUGACAUUUGGGUUGUAAUAUAUAACUAGAAUAUUAGCAUUAGAUUUAGCAGCUGUUAGUAGAAAAUAUGACAUUGGAUAAAAAUAGAAAG